CGCUCAGUACUACAUUACCUUCCGUUGCGAUCGGAUGUAGGCAAAUAGUAACGGCUUUAAAUUAUUUAAUUAAUUAUUUUUUGUUUUUAAUUAUAACAAUGUUACGUUUGAUAUUAUUGACGGCGAUUUUUUUGAGUUUGGCGAUUUACGAAAUUCGUUGUCAAGAAAAUGGAAACUUUUCGACGAUUUACAGAACAUGUAAGAAAAAUGGUUGGAAUUAUCCUCUUCCAGAAUGCAUUAAACAUUGUGAUGAGAGAAUUCUACAUACAAGCAAAUCUACAGUAGUGCAGUGCAGACGUGGGUAUAAGAGUGUUGAUUGUAACAAUAUAGUACCCGGUACUAUAGCAAAAGUCAGCUGUGCGCAUGGUUAUAAAAUGGCGGAUACAAUAAGCGAUUCCGGGCUAUAUGAGAUGACCUGCACAUCAGAGGGAAGAUGGGAUAAAAACAAAAUCAAUUGUCAGCCCGUUUGCGGUCGUCAAAUGAGUUUAUCUAUCCCAAGUGCAUCAAAUGCGCCAUGGCAUGUGGGUGUCAAAACAGAUGUAAACCAGACGUGCGGAGGUACUAUUGUGUCACCAAAAAGUGUGAUAACUGCUAAAAAUUGUGUCCAAGAUGAAGAUGGUAUACCUUUGGACGCCAACAAAGUUUCCGUCGCAAUCACUGGAAAUUUAAACAAUGGAACUAUUCACAUUUUAACUGUCAACGUGUCGGAGAUCAUCGUAGAAGGAGACAUCGAUGUUGCCCUACUAAAGCUAAGCGAAAUACUUACUUUGAGUAUGAAUACAAAACCGAUUUGUUUUACUAAUGCCGAAGCUAUUACAAAGUCCGAUCGAGCAUUUCUUCAUAGUUGGACGGAGAAUGAAAACAAAUGUGGCGAUAUAUUUAACAAAAUCGAACUGCAAGUAUUGCCUAAUGCUGAGUGCAGCGCCAAUUUGGAUCAGACCCAUAUCUGUGUGCGCCCAAAAUAUCAACUGAAUGGAAAUGCCACGCUAUGCGAAAGAGAUAUUGGAGGCGGAAUUAUUGUGGAAUAUAAUGGCGUUAAUUAUAUAAUUGGUAUACUUAAUCAUAAACACUCCCGCGUCAUAGUCUGCACAAACGAGCCUGUCGUUGGCAUUGUGUUUAACCAAAUACCACACGCACUAAGGAGAAGCAUUCAAGAUGACAAAGAAAGCCAAUAUAUUUAUAUAUAGCAAUUAAAAGUUUAUUUGCAUAUGUAAUUGUAAAUGUAAUUAAUUUUUCUUUCAAAUAUAUAUACAAUAAUAACAUUUCAAAAAGUAUCUGUAAUAAGGAAAAAUAAAUUGCGAAUAUUGGAGCUUGGGAAAAAUCUGGGCUGAUUGCA